CAGAAAGACCCGGGAUCUUGAGAGACACGUUUUAAGCGUUUUGGUUAUUAGGUUUAAUCAGCCGGAAGGAAAAAAGAAGAGUCAUUAGGGUUUUAAGAGAAGCCGCCUCCACCAUGAUGACACGGCGCAAGAAACGAUCUUGUUCGAAUCCAAAGAAAGAAGAAGUAGUGAAAUCCGAACCGAUCCCGUUCGAUCUCGUAAUCGAGAUACUCUUGAGAUUGCCUGCGAAGUCUAUAGCAAGAUUUCGUUACGUGUCGAAGCUAUGGCAGUCCACAUUGCGAGGUCCACAUUUCACCGAGUCCUUCUUGACCUUAUCUUCGUCUCGUCCGAAGAUAUUGUUCACUUGCCUAAAAGACGGUGAAACGUUCUUCUUCUCAUCACCACAUACUCAAGAUCUGUCUCCUAUAUCCGCCAAUAUUCAUAUGAGUUUCCCAGUUAACUGUCCCUCUAAUAUUUGUCGUCCUGUUCAUGGCUGGGUAUGUGGUUCACAUCAACGAACUACAAAGGGAACGACGGUUACGGUUCCAUUGAUAUGUAACCCCAGCACAGGGGAAUCUUUGGCCUUAUGCAAAGUGAAAACAAGGAGGAAGGGAGUGAUAAGCUUUUUGGGGUUUGAUCCGAUCGACAAAAAGUUCAAAGUAUUGUGCAUGACGCGGGCAUAUGUAGGACGAGCUGAUUCUGAAGAGCAUCAAGUUCUCACGUUAGAAACCGGGAAGAAACCGUCAAGGAAAAUGAUCGAAUGUGACAUACUACAUUAUCCUACUGUUGUGGAGCAUACUAAUGGCUUUUCUCAAUAUGAUGGGGUAUGCAUCAAUGGUGUUUUGUAUUACUUAGCCAUUGUCCAUGGUGUUUCUGACCACAGGUAUCCUGAUGUAGUAUGCUUUGAGUUUAGAUCUGAUAAAUUCAAUUAUAUCAAGAAAGUUGCUGGUCCUGGCAUGGAAAUGUACUUGAGAGGACAGCUUGAUUCAACUCUGGUAAACUACAAGGGUAAAUUAGCUAAGCUUCAGCCCAACAUGUCUAACAAUGGAGUAUGCACCGGUAUUCAACUAUGGGUUCUUGAAGACGCCGAGAAACACGAAUGGUCGAGUCAUAUCUACGUUUUGCCUCCUCCGUGGAGGAAUGUAUAUGAAGAGACCAAGUUAUGUUUUGUUGGAACGACUCGUAAAGGUGAAAUUGUGUUGUCCCCAAACACUAUAUCCAACUUUUUCUACCUUCUCUACUACAAUCCCGAGAGGAACACUAUCACUAUAGUUAAAAUCAAAGGAUUGGAAACCUUUAAGAGUCAUAAAGCUUACACCUUUGUUGACCAUUUAGAGGAUGUGAAGCUUGUGUCAAGUUUUCAAGAUCAUGGCUUGUAACAUAGUCAGUUUACUAUUUCUUUUAUGUUCUAGUGAUUGUGUUAUCUUUUAUCAGUGGUUCAUACACUUGACAGUUGUUUUAAGCUUAAGGUUUUGCCUUUUUAUUGAA